AAUGGGUCAAAAAAUGCUAAAAAUAUUUUGGAAGUGCAUAAUUGUCAUGAAUUUGGGAGCCGACAUUGCUGCAGCAUUGGUGGCUCCGUUACCAAAUGGAGAGCUGAAUAUUGAAGAUGAUUAUUUGGAGCAACAACAACAACCUGAACGUCCUCAACAACCCGGUGGUGGUAAUCAAAAUGAGAAAAAGGAUACACGAACUGGCGCUGGUCGUCGAAAGAAAAAGAAGGAGAAGGAGAAGAUAAGAAAGGAGAAAAAUUUGAAGGAGAAAAAUGGAAAUUAAAAAUUUUUAAAAAAUUU